CAUUCUGCCAUUGCCAACCAAACACCUCUCUACACGCUGGCGUUAGCCAUGCUCCUCUCGCAUUUAUUACAUUUACUCUUUUGCCACUCCUCCUCCUCCUUCUUCUAUUUACUUUCCUCACCCCGCAUUCAACACCGCCACUCAAGUUUUUUCAACAACCCGCUUCCCACGCCACUGCUACUUGCUACUACCAUUUUUUUUUUCCUUUUUCCUUUGAACAAAACGAUGUAGAAAUAUGCUCUACUAUGCUUGUUUUUGCUAUUAGCAUUGUGUCUGUCUUGCGGAGCCUUUUUUUUUAACUCCUCCGAGCUUUGUCGUUUCGCUUCUUCUUCUUUUUUUUUUUUUACAAUAUUACAAUAUUUUAUGUCAUGGAAAUUUGAACCCCAGAUUCUCUCCCCUACCUCCCCUGCCCUACGUUUCUUUUCUCUUUGAUUAUUAGUAUUCUUCUUUUCUCUUUGAACCCCAAAUGCUGUGGGAAUGGAAACAACCACGGUGUAUGACUUGCACUGCGGCGGAGAAGAAAUGUUGAUAAUGCUUCAAUAGGAUUUCUCAUUGCUCUGUUUUGUUAAAGGUGAGAGGGGUUGCACUGUCUCUAGUGAACUCUGAAUUUCUAAGUGUGAGAUAAUGAUGGAUGGGCGGCGGCAUUCGGUCGAUAUUCCAAUUUCCAAAACUCUUGUGGCACUGAGGAGAGUCAGGUCAUUGAGGGAUCCAACCACUAAUUCCAUGAGCAAACUCUCUUCUCUGGUUGACAAUGUGCACUGGGAAAACGGUUCUGGCAAUGAGAUUUCCCUGCGGUUUUCGGAUGCUGCUGGGCCAUGUGAUUCUGAUGAUAAUGCUGCUUUCAGAUCAAGGAAUUUAGGUUUCAAGGGACAUAGGAAGCCGGAUGAUGCUGAUUUUUUAUUGAAUCAUGGCCUGUUGAACUCAAGGUUGAAGCCUAGUGGGAUGAUGUCUUGUAAGGAUGAUCAACAAGAUGAUGAAAUGGUUCACUCUAAGCCUAAUCUGCAGUGCAUUUCAGGAGAUAAAUCACCCAGUGAAAGCUGUGGUAGCAACCUUGGGGGUAAAGGAUUGGACUUGUCUUGUAUUGUGCUUCCAAGUAAUAAUUUCAAGGAUGGGGAUUCAUGCUAUAUAGAAACUGCUAGAUCAUCUCAAUUAGGGAGAACAGAUUACUCCAAGUCAGCCAAAAAGUCUCUACGCAAGAAUCAAGUAAAACCGUCGGAGGUAGCGAUAAGUAUUGCUAGCAAUGAAGGCAGUCCAUGUCCUUCUGGUUAUGAUGCUUUUUCGCCUUAUAGUGCUAAAGUAGGUAUAAAUCAAGAUGUUGAUGUUUUAGAUAACAAUGAUGAUGGAUGUGGAAUAAGCUGCUGUUGGUCGAAAUCACCAAGGUUUAGAGAAUCAAAUCUAUAUGGUGAGAUAGAAGACCGUCCCUUGAUAUCUCAUCGAGUUGAUGAGACGGAUCUUGAAGCACACAGGAGCAUGAGACACAAUGGUGGUGGGAUUAGUCCAACUUUGGAAACUCCUAGAAGUUUGUCUAUGAAAUUCAGGCCUAAAUCAUUUAGUGAUUUGGUGGGACAAAAUGUGGUAGUAAGGUCUCUUUUGGCUGCCAUCUCCAGAGGAAGGAUAACAUCAUUUUAUCUCUUCUAUGGUCCACGCGGCACCGGCAAGACAUCCGCGUCUAGGAUGUUUGCCGCUGCACUGAAUUGCCUGUCUGUUGUGGAGAAAAGGCCAUGUGGUCUAUGCAGAGAAUGUGUUUUGUUAUUUUCUGGAAGAAAUAAAGAUGUUAAGGAAGUGGAUUCUGUGACAAUCAAUCGCGCGGAACAGGUUAAAUCCCUUAUCAAGAAUGCAAGCAUCCCUCCGGUUUCCUCACGUUUUAAGGUUUUCAUUAUUGAUGAGUGUCAGUUAUUGAAUGGGGAGACGUGGGCAAGCAUUUCAAAUAGCCUAGAGAACCUUUCUCAACAUGUGGUUUUUGUGAUGAUCACUCCUGAUUUGGAUAAGCUUCCUCGAAGUGCAGUUUCCCGGGCUCAGAGGUAUCACUUUCCGAAGGUUAAAGAUGCCGACAUUGUAUGCAGACUAGAAAAAAUUUGUGCCGAAGAAGGCCUUGAUUUUGAACAGGAUGCUUUGGACUUUAUCGGUGCAAAAUCCUGCGGUUCUGUUAGGGAUGCAGAAAUGAUGCUUGAUCAGAUGAGCUUGCUUGGUAAAAAGAUCAAUAUUUCUUUAGCUUACGAGCUUACUGGGAUCGUUUCCGAUGAUGAGUUGCUUGAUUUGCUGGAUCUGGCUUUGUCAUCUGAUACAUCGAAUACAGUUAUAAGAGCUCGGGAGCUGAUGAGAUCAAGGAUAGAUCCUUUGCACCUUGUAUCUCAGCUGGCAAAUCUCAUUAUGGACAUCCUUGCAGGGAAAUGUGAAAAUGGUGGUUCUGACGUCAGAAGUAGAUUUUCUCGGAGACACAACUCUGAAGCUGAUCUUCAGAAACUAAACAAUGCAUUGAAAAUACUUUCUGAAACUGAGAAGCAGUUAAGAAAUUCGAAGAAUCAAACAACAUGGUUCAUUGUAGCUCUCCUACAGUUAAGCUCUGUAGAUUGUCAAUCUGUGGAUGCAAAUGAUACCAAGUUGAGUCUUAGAGGUGCAUGCAAUGGAGGGCAAAGGUUGGAACAUGUUACUACAGGCCUUUGUGAUAACAAGUCAUACAGAUUAGAACCAGAGGAUCACAAAGGAACAUUGGAUUCCAUUUGGUAUAAAGCUACAGAGAUGUGUCACUCUAGUCAGCUCAAAACUUUUUUCAGGAACAAGGGGAAGUUGUCUUCACUUCAUGUUGAUGGCAGUACAGCUUGUCUUGCUAUUGCCGAGUUGGAGUUCCACCAUCGCCACCAUGUAUCCAAGGCUGAGAAGUCAUGGAAAGCGAUUGCAAGUUCCUUGCAGUUCAUAUUGGGUUGCAACAUUGAGUUGAGGAUCACCUAUGCACCGUGUGCUUCUGAUUCCAAGUAUGCCAAACUUAGAUCAUCUUUCAGUAUCUUCGGUUGCUCUCGCAGAAUUCGUCAACAGAAGUCCUUAUCAUCUAAUGAACAAGCAAGUGAAUCAGAUUACGCUGACUACACCUCGGAAAAUCCCAUGAUGAAGGAUAGAAUUUCUACCUCUGAUUGUGGAAUGGAUGCUGUAACGGCUUUGAGGAGUAGCGAAGGGAAUUUGCUCAGCUCAGGAGAAAGAUUUUUGAAUAGGUCAUUUCAAGAGACUAAGAGAACAUCAAGUGCUGAAGUGGAUUUCUCUAAAGAAGAGGGAUACAAUUGUGCACAUCUUGAUCCAUCAAUGCUUGAUUCAGAUAAUAACCACCAAUCUAACUGUUUUCCUAAAACUCUUUGGCUUCAAAAGAAGUUCCGAUCUUCACAUUCAUCCAAGUUGACUUUUCAGGGUAUUCAACCACAGAAAGAUUUUGUUAUAUCUGUCCCAAAAAUGUGUGCAUGUUCUGGGACAUAUACCUAUGCUAACGAACCCAGCAUUUUUUCAAGUAGUUGUAAGAACUGCACCAAAGCCUCAGAAAAAGUAGGUUGAGUAGUUAUGCAUUUUUGUGCUACUCUUUGGCAUUGUUAUAAAUUGUUGAGGACUUAAAUUACAUAGAACCUAGCAUAGUUGAAUAGAAUGAACUAAAAUUUCCAGUCA